AUGAAGGGAUAUAAUGCACGGACACCUCUACCUGCCCCCCCCUCCUACUCUCUGCACUUCCUGUCCAUGGCAGGGAGAAAAGGGCGGCAUGAGAGCAGAGAGAGGGCUGGGGGUGGCGUGAGAGCAGAGAGAGGGCUGGAUGAGUGUAGUGGGGUUGAAUUCAACCCCACUAGGAGCAGAAUCGAGGCACACACACGCCUCUGCCUCUCCCUCCCUCCUCUCUGCACUUCCUGUCCAUGGCAGGGAGACAAGGGUGGCGUGAGAGCAGAGAGAGGGCUGGGUGAGUGUAGUGGGGUUGAAUUCAACCCCACUAGGAGCAGAAUCGAGGCACACACACGCCUCUGCCUCUCCCUCCCUCCUCCUCUCUGCACUUCCUGUCCAUGGCAGGGAGACAAGGGCGGCGUGAGAGCAGAGAGAGGGCUGGGUGAGUGUAGUGGGGUUGAAUUCAACCCCACUAGGAGCAGAAUCGAGGCACACACACGCCUCUGCCUCUCCCUCCCUCCUCCUCUCUGCACUUCCUGUCCAUGGCAGGGAGACAAGGGCGGCGUGAGAGCAGAGAGAGGGCUGGGUGACUGUAGUGGGGUUGAAUUCAACCCCACUAGGAGCAGAAUCGAGGCACACACACGCCGCUGCCUCUCCCUCACUCCUCCUCUCUGCACUUCCUGUCCAUGGCAGGGAGACAAGGGCGGCAUGAGAGCUGAGAGAGGGCUGGGUGAGUGUAAUGGGGUUGAAUACAACCCCGCUAGGAGCACAAUGGAGGCACACACACGCCUCUGCCUCUCCCUCCCUCCUCCUCUUUGCUCUUCCUGUCCAUGGCAGGGAGACAAGGGCGGCGUGAGAGUAGAGAGAGGGCUGGGUGAGUGUAGUGGGGUUGAAUUCAACCCCACUAGGAGCAGCAUCGAGGCACACACACGCCUCUGCCUCUCCCUCCCUCCUCCUCUCUGCACUUCCUGUCCAUGGCAGGGAGUGAUACGCAAUGCGCGACAUUAA